AUGCUGCAACCAAGGUUGUUCACAAGCUCCUCCCAGAGGGCACUGGCGAGCUGCAGAUGCUCCCCCAGUGCUCUCCUGAGAGGCUAUGCAACAACAGCCCAGUCAACUAAAGAGCCCGUCACGACAACCGUCCCGAGCCUGACCAGCCAGCCCGCCGCAAGACCCCAGGGCCCACAAGGCAAGCAGUCUUCCGCCAUCCUUCGAACAUACAAGCCUCGAACACCUGGUCUGAGACAUCUGAAGCGCCCCAUCAACGACCACUUGUGGAAAGGUAGACCGUUCCUGCCAUUGACCUUUCCCAAGAAGGGCAUGGGCAAGGGCGGUCGAAACCAUCACGGACACAUCACUGUGAGGCAUCGUGGAGGUGGCGCCAAGCGAAGGAUACGAACGGUAGAUUUCAAGCGAUGGAACGCCGGACCGCAACUCGUCGAGCGCAUCGAAUACGACCCCAAUCGAAGUGCACAUAUCGCUUUGCUGAAGGACCAGGCCACCGGGGAGAUGUCGUACAUCAUCUCACCUGAUGGCACAAGAGCUGGAGAUGUGGUCCAGAGUUACCGGUCUGGCAUUCCUCAGGACCUUCUCGACAGCAUGGGUGGUGUCGUUGAUCCUGGUAUCCUGGCCGCCAAAACCGCCCACCGUGGAAACUGUCUGCCACUACACCUGAUUCCCGUGGGAACACCAAUCUUCAACAUUGGCUCUCAUCCCAAGGGUGGCGCCAUCUUUUGCCGAAGCGCAGGCACCUUCGGCGUCGUUGAAUCAAAAGACGAGGAGACAACAGCCGACGGUGUCAAGGUCGUGACUGGAAAGUACGUCACUGUGAGAAUGCAGAGCGGUGAAGUGAGAAAGUGCAGCAAGGAUGCAUGUGCCACCAUCGGCGUGUCAAGUAAUAUCCAUCACCAGUACCGCCAGCUCGGUAAGGCUGGAAGAAGUCGAUGGCUGAACAUUCGACCUACUGUUCGUGGUCUUGCCAUGAACAAGGUCGACCAUCCUCACGGUGGUGGCCGUGGUAAAUCCAAGAGUAACAGGCAUCCCGUUUCUCCUUGGGGACGAACACCGGGAGGUUUCAAGACUCGCCCCAAGAACAACAUCAACAAGUGGGUGGUUGUUCCUCGGGUACGAAACCACGGAAAGCGGAGAGACAAGAAGAGCAAAUAA